ACGGUCAUUUUGAACUCCCAAGCAGGAAACCAACAAUGGAGGUGGAAGCGAAGGGAUUCGUGAGGCGUGUGCUGCUUUUCAAGUUCAAACCUGAAACCCCACCAGACCACAUCGAGCAACUCAUCAAGGGUUACUCCAACCUCGUCAACCUCGUCGAAUCCUUGAAAUCUUGGCACAUGGGCAAGGACGUGAGCAUCGAGAACUUGCAAGAAGGCUUCACCCACGUCUUCGAGCUCACGUUCGAGAGCGCCGAGGGGAUCGCAGAGUACAUGGUUCAUCCUGCUCACCUCGAGUUCCACGAGCUGUGCUGGCCCCAUGUGGAGAAGCUAGUCGUGAUCGACUACAAGCCGACUCCUUUCUGUAACCCAAAUUAACAUCGCAUCGCAAACCUCUACCGGUGUUGUGUUCGAAUAAUAAGUCGUUGUGUUGGG